UAACUGUGAAACCUUUUAAGCCUCGUGUAGUUUUGUUGUUAGGAUAAUUACUGGAAACACACCAAGUCCUCGUACCGAAUUCAAGCUGGUAACUGAAAGGCUGUCUUAGCGGAGCGUGAACUACCGGACAGCAUCGUGGAGGACUGAGCUGAGCGCAAGCAGGCUAAUGUUAGCAAAACGAGGCAAUUCGCACAAGGAGGCAAAUUUGAGCCUCACUGUUAGCUCAGAGGCGACAAGCUAACUUUAUCCUUGGCUUCUUGUCAUCAGUGUGCGUUCAGGAGUCUUUGAGUUUCGCAACCGAGUUCUUGCUUAUAUCGCUUUAAUAGCCUCCUCGGGGUUGAGAGGCGGCCAAAUUGUCCUAGAAAGCGUCAAUAGCCGUUAAAUAAUGCAUGAGCCGCGCUAAUCCAAAGUGUUUUGUUUUUUUAAAUUGAGGACGGAGCCUGUCGUUAGCCGCCCGACUGCAGCAUCAGCAGCUGGCCUUUGUGACUCCUGCCGAGCUCCCGGAUCUUCACCACACAAGAAAAACCACCUGCUGUACCCAGCUGUUUUUGUCCCAGUGUUUACAUUGUUUCCGCCAGCGGGAGGCAUUUCUCAAACCGCAGAAAACAUCUGCAACAAGGGACAGGCAGUUUGUUAGCACACCUGCCUUAAUCGUAACCCCCCUCCCCUCCUUUUCCCGGAACUCUUCUCAGCUCAGUUUCAGAAUCCAGUUCGAGGUGAAUCUACUGAAAUACUUAACACUGCCCAAGAGGGCAACAACAAGGUGGUCUCCUGUUUUUGUAAUGAUUCGCAUUUCAGUGCAAGGAGAAGCUCCAUCCCCUAGUUAUCUUGAUGAAGACCUUUUUCUGACAAAAAGGUAAAGGCCACUUGGGGCCGGGAGGUGAAGACCUGCACCUCAUCUCACAUCUGCUCAAUCCUGGGAUUUUACACUGUUUUUGAACUGAACUCAUCCAACUUCAAAGAUGGAACUCUUCUUCAAUCCUUUUGAUAACUUGGUGUGUAUCCUGCUGGGCAUCUCCUUCACCGUGUGGUUCACCCUGCUGCUGGUCUUCAUUAUUGUGCCUGCCAUCUUUGGGGUGUCCUUUGGUAUCCGGCGUCUUUACAUGAAAACACUCUUAAAGGUCUUUGAGUCACCACUGACAACUGCAGCUGCAUUUUCAUAUGAUGACUCGUGGGCCACACUUAGGAUAGAGAGAGGAGCAAAAGAAAAGAAUCACCUCCUGUACAAACCCUAUUCAAAUGCUAUCAUUGCCAAGGAGCCAACCUCCUUGGAGGAGGAGAUCAAGGAGAUCCGGCGGAGCGGCAGCAAUAAAGACCUGGACUCAGCCACUGAGUUUGAGUUAUCUGACAUUUUCUAUUUUGCCCGGCGAGGAGUGGAAAGCAUCAUGGAUGAUGAAGUGACCAAGCGGUUUACUGCUGAGGAGCUGAAGUCCUGGAAUCUGCUGACCCGGAGCAACUACAACUUCCACUAUAUCAGCCUGAGGCUGACUGUCCUAUGGGGGCUGGGCCUGCUGAUCCGCUAUGGUUUCCUGCUGCCUCUCAGGGUCACUCUUGCCUUCACUGGUGUAGGUCUGCUUGUGUUCCUCACCUCUGUUGUUGGGCUGCUGCCAAAUGGAAGGAUGAAGAAUUUUCUGAGUGAGAAAGUCCAUUUGAUGUGCUACAGAAUAUGCGUCAGAGCUUUGACUGCCAUUAUAACCUACCAUGACAGUGAGAAUAAACCCAAAAAUGGAGGCAUCUGUGUCGCUAACCACACUUCACCAAUUGAUGUCAUCAUCCUGGCAAGCGAUGGCUGUUAUGCUAUGGUUGGACAAAUCCAUGGCGGCUUGAUGGGGGUCAUUCAGAGAUCCAUGGUCAAAGCUUGUCCACACAUUUGGUUUGAACGCUCAGAAGUAAAAGACAGACAUCUUGUGGCCAAAAGAUUGAGCGACCAUGUAGAAGAUAAAUCUAAACUGCCUAUCCUCAUUUUCCCAGAAGGUACCUGCAUUAACAACACAUCGGUUAUGAUGUUUAAGAAGGGCAGUUUUGAAAUUGGUGCCACAGUCUACCCUGUGGCUAUUAAGUAUGAUCCCCGCUUUGGAGAUGCUUUCUGGAAUAGCAGCAAGUUCGGGAUGGUCAACUACCUUUUGCGUAUGAUGAGCAGCUGGGCCAUCGUCUGCAGCGUGUGGUACCUUCCUCCCAUGUCUAGAGAGGAGGGAGAGGAUGCAGUACAGUUCGCAAAUCGUGUUAAAGCAGCCAUAGCCAGGCAAGGAGGACUUGUCGAUCUCUUAUGGGAUGGAGGACUGAAAAGGGCAAAGGUUAAAGAUACCUUUAAAGAAGAGCAGCAGAAGUUGUACAGUAAAAUGCUGGUUGGCACCCAGGAGGACCGCAGCCGCUCCUGAAGGACCUUUAUGGAGAUGGACUGGCUCAAAGCUGGGCACCUCUUACUGAUUAGGCGAUCAGCAGCGGUCCUUUUCUGUCGGAGCCCCUGGACUGGAAAAUUCUGUCCCUGAUGUCAAAAGUACUCCAUUUGGCUUCCUCGGUCACUGCCUCAGCCUGGCAUGUUAAGUUGGCUUCGCUGUUACAGGUCAUUCUGAGUCUGCUGCCCUGUGUUGGAAUAGCUUGACCGAAGCCUCGCUUGCAUUAGAAACGGAGCAAAGGAGAGUCUUCCUUGGUGGCAGUCUUUUAAGGAAAAGUGUUUAUUUUUGUUUGUUUUUUUCUUUUUCACUUAAUCGUUUUAUAUUUUGUUUUUAAGAUUUUACAGUCAUGUUUUUAUGUUAUGUUUCCGUUUCAGACUUGAUUAUACCUGGGUGUAUAAAGGAGUUAUUGUAGAUAAAAACUAAAUUGUUCUAAAGCUGAAACCUGUGACUGACUUGGGGUUUUUCAUGACCGGCUUGUACCCUUGAUUCAGGGCACAGUGCCAGAUUUUGUUACAUUUCAGAUAUUUUUAUGGGCUUUUUUCCAAGAUGAAAAAAAAAACUUGUAUUUUAAGCAUUGAGUUUUACAUUAAGACUUGUAUCAACACAUGGCCACUGUAGGAGCUGCGCUUGAGACGUGUUCCUGAUAUGCUGUCUGUGACUUCUUUUCUUUUUUUUCUCCUCUCUCCACUGAAUGUGCAAGUGCUCACAUUAUGAAGUGGAAAAUGUGCACCCACAGUUACUCUGAUGGAAGUCUGUAGAUUUAGACACCUAUUCUUCUUCCAGCUAAUAAUGUAUAACUGGAAAAAGGGAUUAUUAGGAAUUUCGUCAGCAUUGUUCCUGUAAGGCUUGUGUCACGCAGGUAGCGAUGUAAAAUCAUAACAGUGGGUCUCUUCACUAAACACAUAGAUAUAAUGGCAAA